AUGUCAGAGGCUUCACCCACGAGGCCGUCUCGACGCGCCGCAACCAGGCGCACUGCCGUGAUCGACUCGGACGACGACGAGGAAAUCUCCAACCGCACCAAGGCCCACGACGAUGAGGAGGACGACUUCGAGCCGGAGGCACCCAAGAGCCCCCCCAAGCGACAGACCCGCAGCGGGCGCAAGUCAUCCGCCCCCGCUCCAGCUACAGCUCCAGCUGCCCGACGAGGCCGUACGCGGAAGACUCCAGCUCCGGCCGCGACGAUUGAGCCCAGCGAGGUAUUCCAUGCUGAUACCACCAUCAAGCCCGACCCAGACUCUCCCCCGAAGAAGGCAUCCCCUCGGAAGCGCAAGAGCGCUGCCCCUCGAAGCUCCAUGGCUUCAAUCCCCGACCUUGCCCCGCCAACACCCCAGCCAACUGCUUCGCCAGAGUCCUCUCAGAUCCAGGCCUCAGCUCUGGCCGACAUCACCACUUCCAGUGUGAAUACGCAAAAUCCCGACGACACCCAGGCGACUAUCAAGCCGAUUAAGCCCAUGGACACCAUCAUGGAGAAGCCCAUGGACAUUAUGCUCAAGGCCCGGACGAUGCCUGCCCCCGUUGUCGAGGACACGACUCCUAAGCCCCGAAUUGUUCUCACAUACUUGAUUCUCAACAACUUCAAGAGUUAUGCCGGUAGACAAGAAGUCGGCCCCUUCCACGCAUCCUUCUCGUCAGUGGUCGGACCCAACGGUUCUGGCAAGUCCAACGUCAUUGACUCGUUGCUCUUCGUCUUCGGUUUCCGCGCCAGCAAGAUGCGACAGGGAAAAAUCUCCGCCCUCAUUCACAAUUCUGCCCAACACCCGAACCUCGAUCAUUGUGAGGUCGCGGUCCACUUCCGGGAAGUAAUGGAUCAGCCUGGUGGUGGCCACGAGGUUAUCCCUGACUCCGAACUCAUCAUCUCCCGAAAGGCUUUCAAGAACAACUCGAGCAAAUACUACAUCAACGGCAAAGAAUCCAACUUUACGACUGUCACAACCUUGCUCCGUGACCGAGGCGUCGACCUUGACCACAAGCGCUUCCUCAUUCUCCAGGGUGAAGUCGAGUCAAUUGCCCAGAUGAAGCCAAAGGCCGGUAACGAACACGAGGAUGGUCUGCUUGAGUACCUCGAGGAUAUCAUUGGCACCUCCAAGUACAAGACUCCUAUUGAGGAAUCCGCCACCGAAGUCGAGACUCUCAACGAGAUCUGUAUGGAGAAAAGCGGACGAGUACAGCAUGUCGAGAAAGAAAAGAACAGCCUGGAGGAUAAAAAAGACAAGGCUCUCGCAUUCGUUCGGGAUGAGAACGAACUAGCGAUGAAGCAGUCUGCCCUCUACCAGCUUUUCAUUCAUGAGUGCAAUGACAAUCUCACCGUUACCGAGGAGGCAAUCAACCAGAUGCAGGCCCAGCUGGAUGUUGAGCUCGAGAAACAUCACGGUGGCCAGCAGGUCAUCAAGGAGCUCGAAAAGGCUCACGCCAAGGGGGCCAAGCAGUUUGAAUCGCAAGAGAAGGAAACCCAAGCCUUAGUCAAGGAGAUGGCCAAGUUUGAGCAAGAGCGCGUCAAGUUCGAUGAGAAGCGGAAGUUCCUCGAGGACAAGAAGAAGAAGCUCGAGAAGACCAUCAAGAACGCCGAAUCAACCUCUGCCGAAGCCGAUGAGACUAUCCAGCAAUGCGGCGAUGAUAUUGAGAGGCGGACCUCAGACAUCGCCGACCUGGAGGCACAAGUAGAGGAAGAGGAAGCGGAGCUUACCAAGAUCCGUGAAGGUUUGAAGGGCAAGACCCAAGCCUUCUCUGACCAGAUCGCCGCCAAGCAAAAGGCCUUGGAGCCAUGGAUGGAGAAGAUUAACCAGAAACAGUCAGCGAUCGCUGUCGCGGAGAGCGAGCUGAACAUUCUCCAGGAGAAAGCAAACGCUGGCGCUGUCGCUCUGGAAGACCUCGAGGCCAAAAUCACCUCGACUGAGCAGGGCAAGGUAGCGAAACUGAAGGAACUUAAAUCCUGCGAAGCGGAGAAGGCUGAGCUACUUGAGGAGGCCGAGAAGAUGAAGUCUGAACUUGAAGUUCUUUCUGGGCAGGAGCCCAAGAUUCGAUCCAAGAUCUCCAACGCACGACAAAAGGCCGACGAGGCUCGCUCGAGUCUGUCUAAUACCCAGACCCGGGGCAACGUCCUUGCAGCGCUCAUGCGCAUGAAGGAGUCAGGUCGUAUUGACGGUUUCGACGGACGACUCGGAAACCUCGGUACCAUCGAUCAAAAGUUCGAUGUCGCCAUUUCCACAGCUUGCGGUGCCCUCGACAACUUCGUCACAGAGACGGUCGAUGCUGGCCAACAGUGCAUCGAAUACCUCCGAAAGAACAACUUGGGACGAGGCAACUUCAUUUGUCUGGAUAAGCUAAGGGUGCGAGACAUGUCUCCUAUUCAAACCCCUGAGAAUGCUCCUCGACUAUUCGACCUGGUCAAGGCCAAGGAGGACAAGUUCCGACCUGCCUUUUACCACGCCAUGCAAGAUACUCUAGUUGCAACUGACCUUGCGCAAGCCAACAGGAUUGCGUAUGGUGCGAAGCGAUGGCGAGUUGUGACCCUCGAUGGCGAACUCAUUGACAAGUCUGGUACGAUGUCCGGUGGUGGAACUACUGUCAAGAGAGGUCUGAUGUCCUCGAAGCUUGUUGCAGAAAUCACCAAGGAGCAGGUUGCCAAGCUUGAGGGCGACCGUGAUGGAUGGGAAUCCAAGUUCCAAGAGUUCCAGGAGUAUCAGCGAGAGUGCGAGACGCGCCUCAAACAACUGAACGUGGAGAUUCCUGAGCUCGAUACCAAGAUGCAGAAGAUCGGCCUAGAGAUCGACAGCGCGACCCGAAAUGUCGCCGAUCUUCAGCGACGAAUCAAGGAAUUGAGCAAGGAGCAUCAGCCCUCAGCUUCAGACAACAGCCGUAUAGCUGCCUUGCAGAAGGACAUUGCCAAGCUCAACAAGGAGAUGGAGAAGCUCCAUGGCGAAACGUCCAGCGUGGAGGAGGAGAUCAAGGCGCUGCAGGACAAGAUCAUGGAAGUUGGUGGCGAGAAGCUUCGCGCCCAACGUGCCAAGGUCGACUCCAUCAAGGAGGAGAUUACUUCUUACAAUGAGGAGAUCUCCACCGCCGAGGUUGGCAAGGCCAAGGCCGAGAAGCAGAAGACGAAGCUCGAGAAGGAUCAUGCAAAGGCGACAAAGGAUCUCGAUGCAGCUGCCAGGGAUCUUCAAAAGCUGGAUGAUGACAUCAACCACCAAGGCGAAAGGGCUGAGGAACUCCAGAGUCAAGUCGAAGAAGCUGAAGAGGGUCUGGGCUCCAAGAAGAAGGAGCUGAAGUCCUUGAAGGCUGAGUUGGACGAGAAGAUGGCCGAGUUGAACGAAACCAGGGCUGUGGAAAUUGAGAUGCGAAACAAGCUGGAGGAGAAUCAGAAGGCUCUGGGCGAGAAUCAGAAGCGACUUCGCUAUUGGGAGGACAAGCACUCCAAGUUGGUCCUCCAGGACUUGGAUGAUCUCAUCGGCAACUCUACGCCUAGCCAAGUGAAACGGGAGUCCAGGGAGAACACGGCAGGUGAUGAAGACGUCGAGAUGGGUGAUGCUCCAGCUGAAGACGUUGAUAUGACUGACGCCCCUGUCGAAGAGGAGGAUUCUGAGGAAGAAGAGCAUUCUAAUGGCCAGCCCAAUGAAUUGCCCAGGUACACUCCUGACGAGCUCGCCGACAUGAGCAAGGAAACCCUCAAGGGUGAAAUCGCUGCUCUCGAGGAGAAGACCCAAAACGUCAAUGUCGACCUCGGCGUCCUUUCAGAGUACCGCCGACGAGUGGAAGAGCAUGCUGCUCGGUCCUCAGAUCUCCAGUCGGCGAUUGUGCAACGAGACUCGGCCAAGAAGCGGUGCGACGACCUGCGCCGCCUCCGACUGGAAGGAUUCAUGGAAGGAUUCAGCGCCAUCUCUCUCCGCCUGAAGGAGAUGUACCAAAUGAUCACCAUGGGUGGUAACGCUGAGCUGGAGCUUGUGGACAGCUUGGACCCAUUUAGCGAGGGCAUUUUGUUCAGUGUGAUGCCACCGAAGAAGAGCUGGAAGAACAUUAGCAACCUUUCUGGUGGUGAGAAGACGUUGAGUAGUUUGGCUCUGGUAUUUGCUCUGCAUCACUAUAAGCCGACUCCCCUGUACGUCAUGGACGAGAUUGACGCUGCUUUGGAUUUCAGAAAUGUCUCGAUCGUUGCCAACUACAUCAAGGAGCGUACUAAGAACGCCCAGUUCGUUGUCAUCUCGCUCCGAAACAACAUGUUUGAGCUCGCGGCGCGACUUGUGGGAGUGUACAAGGUCAACCAUAUGACCAAGAGUGUAACGAUUGAGAACAAGGACUACAUUGUGAGGCCACAGAGUCAGCACAAGGCGCAAAACAGUCAAACUACGACAACGUUGGCGCUUCGAUAG